CUGCAACAUAGUUUUUUUUUGUGUGUGUUUUUCCGUUUUCCGCGAAUUCUGUAUAUAUCAACAAUAAAUAUUGUUACUUAUGCGAAAAUAGUGUGCACAUUCAUGCGAAUGCGCCCAGUGGAUAUACACUUGAACGGAAACCGUGCCGGAGACAUCGGAGUUUGAUGCUCUACACAGAGGAAUGGCGGUCAAGGUGCAAUUUGAGAUUGGCCACACGUCAAAGCUGCGCAGCAAGAAAACCCCACACCCGCAGGCCUUCACCCACGACUGGGAGAUCUACGUGCAGGGCGUGAACAAGGCGGACAUCAGUGCCUUUGUCGAGAAGGUUGUCUUUCUGCUGCACGAAUCCUUUCCCAAGCCGAAGCGUGUCAUCAAGGAGCCACCGUAUGCCAUACAGGAGUCGGGAUAUGCCGGCUUCCUAUUGCCAGUCGAAAUAUAUUUUCGCAAUCGCGACGAGCCCAAGCGCAUCAUGUACCAGUACGAUCUGGAGCUGCAGCAGAUGGGGCCACCGCGUCACCAUGUCGAGGUGAAGACGCACGUCUUCGAGGCCCCCUCCGAGGACUUUCGCGCCAAGCUGAUGCGCGGCGGGGGCGUGCCUGUCUUUGGUGCGAAUAUCGGGGCCAGCAGCCUCAGCCGCACAGUGUCACCCAGCGUCGGUGGCGGCAGCGAUGGACCCCACAACGAGGUGGCCAUUGUGAAGGCCAAGGGUGGCGGCAGCCAGGCCCUGACCAUCGAUGCGGCACCCAUCAAGAAGCACAAAUCGCGCAACGAUGAUCCUGGCAAGACGAGCGCCUUCUCCGCGCUCUUUGGACCGCCCAUUACCAAGGGGAACGGCGGCAAUAUGUUGGCCAUUGCCGCACCCCCGAAACACUCGCCGGAGAGCAAAGUCUUGCCCGCCAGCGGCAAGAGCGGCUCGCACGAUGGCAAGGAGAAGUCGAGCAAGGAGCGCGAUAAGUCCAACAGCGGGGACAAGCCGCGCGACAAGGACAAAAAGGAUCGCCAUGGCCGGGACAAGGACCGCAAAUCGAGCAAGUCCGGCGAGGGUGGCGGCAAGCAUGAUCGCGACAAGGAAAAGUCCAAGAAGGACAAGUCCCGUGACAAGGAGCGUGAACGUGAGCAGAGCUCCAGCAGCACACCCUCCUCCACGGCCCUGGUGCUGGCCAAUUCCUCGGCAUUGGUGAAGCGUACGGCAAGUCCGAAGCCAGGCAAGGCCGAAAUGAGUGCGCCUAGUCCCAAGAAGACGCUCACAGAGGCGUCCACUGCUCUGGCAGUGCCCACAUCGCGCUCCAAGGAGCGUGACGACCACAAGUCCGGCAAAUCCGAAUCCAAGGACAAGGAGCGCAGCUCCAACAAGAAGUCCAAAAAGGAGAAAAAGGACAAGGAGCGUGAACGCGAGCGCGAACGAGAGAGGGAGCGGGAGCGGGAGAAACAACGCGAGGAGCACAAAGACAAGCGGCUGCCCAAGGAUGAGCGAACUGGCCAAACGGACAGUCCGCUGGCCACUGGCAAUCCACAGCAGCAUCAGGGAGCGGCCAGUCAGAGCGUCUCCGCCACGGGCAAAGCGACGCCCACGUCUGUGGGUAGCAACAGCAGCAGCAGUCUGGCCAGCAGCGGCAAGAGAGGCGGCGAGCACAAAGAGGACUCAACGACGACGGCCACUGCGAAGCAUUUGGAGAAAACAGUCACAGAUCCAAAGGCCGACAAGGGCACGAGCAAUGGCAAUGCAGACAACAAGAAGUCGCACAAGCACAAGAAGAAGGAAAAGAGCAAGGACAAGGACAAGGAGCGCAGCGAGCGGGAAAAGGACAAGGAGAAGCCCAAGGAGCGGGAGAAAGACAAACAGCAACUGGCAGCUGCAGGAGCGGCGGCAGCAGCAGCAGCAGCAACUGCGGAUAAGCCAUCAGUGGCUGAGCCAUCGCCCAAGACAACGGGCGCCAGUCCCAGCGGCGAGGCCACAGCGAUGGAAAAAUUUGCAGCCAGCGGGGGCAGUGCCAAUGCCGGCAACAGCAGCAAGAAGGAGAAGCACAAGAAAUCUAAGGAGAAGGCCUCCAGCAAAGAUGAUAAACGGCAGCGAGAGGCCGCCGGACAUAAGCAGCCAGAGGCGAAGCACAGUGGCAAGCAGCAGCAACAGACGCAUCCACAGCCGGGACAGAACAAAGCUCCAAGCAAUCUAGACCUCAGUGAUGUGGACUCGGCACAAUCGGCGCCGGAUCUGGCAGCCACCAGUGCACUGGCCGCAGCAGCGGCUGCCACGCUCCAGCACUCGGACAGCUCCAACAGCAGUUUUCCCGAUCUGCCGGCGAGGGGCAGCCAACAGAAAUCAACGACACAGGCGGUCAAGGCCAGUGCGGCGUCCGGCAAAGACGCAAAAUCGGCUGGCAAAGAGCACAAGGGAAAAUCAAAGCCAAGCGAAAAGCCAGAGAAGAACGUGAGCGAGAAACCCGAAAGGCCGGACAGAACGCCAGAGACUAAGGCGGCGGACAAGUCCGAGGCAAAGCCGGACAAGGAGGAAAAGAAACGGAAUCGUCGCAGCUCACAGAACAGCAACAGCGGCAGCGGUGGCGGUGGUGGCUUUAUAGAGCCACCGGUGAAGCCCUCAAAGAAGGAACAGAACAAGGCGCCGCGCGAGAAAUCCAAAUCGCCCUCACUGCGUCCCUCGAAUGCAAACUCCACGGCGCUGGUGCCAGUGUCUGGCUCGGCGGGCUCAGGAUUCCUGCCGCCGCCACCAUCCUCGCCCAGCAAUAGUCAUCCCAGCGGUGGAGCGACAGCAGCCAAUAGCCUGAACAACAAUAACAACAACAACAAUAACAAUAGCAGCAGCAGCGGGCACUCGCCGGCUGAGCUGACACCCUCGCUGCAGGUGAGCACGACAUCCCUUCCAACGGAAUAUCUGAGCGAGCUGCAGGAGCUACAUCACAAGAUAAUGACGCUGCAGGACAACGAGGAGCUGCAACAGGUCGUUGAGAUGAUUGCGGCCACCGGCUGCUACGAGAUCACUCACAAGACCUUCGACUUUGAUCUGUGCAAGCUGGACCGUGUGACUGUGCAGCGGCUGCAGGAGUUUCUGGCCACAUCCGUCUCGUGACACCAAAUGGGCAACGCCGCCGCCGCACCAGCUCUCUACAGCUAGACGAUGCACA